AUGCAGAACCGCAUCCUCCUCGCAUUGUACACUGGCAUGCUCUCUGCCAUGAUGGCGUUCAACGGCGUCACUGCAAGCUCCUACAGAAUCGAGCUUUACUCUGACGACAAUUGCCAGGACCUCCUGGCUGUCGACAGCGGCACAUUUGCCACCAACGGAUGCAUCACCCAGAGCGGCGUGAACAGCAUCCGCAUCACCGACCUCGACGACGCCAUGAUCCACACAUGGGCGCAUGGCGAGUGUGAUCAUAACGAGUGGACUGUUCCGGCUGCGUGUCCGGGAGGGAAUAGCUGCAUCAGGGCUCCAGGAACUGAGUCGUUUGGAUUCCAAGUUGGAUGCAUCUGA